CCACGCGCCCUCUCACUGUGGAAUGCGUUCGUCAGCCAAGAGCUUUGCGCCCACAACCAAGACCUGAACACCAAUGACCGUGUGUCGUCUGGGUUCAUCAAGACCCUCGCCGAGCGCUGGGCUGCGAUGUCCAAUGAAGAGCGCGAAGAUGUCUCUCGCGACAAGGUCGAGGAACUGAACGAGCGGCGCGAGGAGCGGGGGCGUCCAGUGCCUAACCUCGCCGUCGCAAAUUUCAACGAUACUCGCGCCACACUCCAGGAUGUCGCCAAAGAGCUCAAUGAUCUCCACGAGCGCACCGGCGUGGAGGUCUUGCUCUUCGCGUGCCGCGGCGACCAGGCCAAUCACCUCAAGCCUUGGGUGUACCGGACCAGCGAGCGACUUGAGGAAUUCGUGGAGCUGUUCAGUGGCGCGACGUUGGGCAAGCUCGCUGCGCGCAUCGAAGCAUGGUGUCUCACUGGUAUCAAAGGCUUGACAAAGAAACACAAGAACACGGUCUUGGAGCUUAAGUCGAAGGUCGGUACUCUCAUACUCGAGAAGCUCCACGCGACGUCGACGCGGGGUAAGCCCUCGGCGAUGUCUUACCUCGACUUUGCAAACAGGAUCACGCUCAAAUAUGGCGUCGUCCUUGAGAACUGGCCCGUCGAAGUGUUCCAAGCCCCUGGCCGGUUCAACUCCCUCAAGUACCUCAACACGCUCUAUUCAGCCUGGGAG